AUGAUAGGAUGCGCCAUGAAAUAAAGCGUUCGAUUAUGUUGUCCUUGGGGUUCCAGUCGCGGUUUGCUGAGUUCAGACGCGACUGUACGCAAGCACAUAUGAAAAAACUAAUUAUCAUCCCGCUCUGCAUCCGUGUAUUUUGGUGGAACUGGAAUACACUUUUUCGAAAGAAUUUUUUCUGCUAUCUGAGCCUCAGAAUGUAAAAUUUGGUGAAAUCUCAGGCAGAAUGUUCUUUUAAAAAAGGUUCUUCCAGGAAACUUCUGUAGUAGAAUGUUGCAGAAUGACUCGAAUGCCAUUCUGACCAUUCUCUUCCAACCAUUGUCAUUCCAGAAUGAUAGGAAAAAAACGCGCCCUAAAACAUCUUGCCAAAAAAUAAAAAUAAUAAAAUGGCUAAAAUAACACGAAUUUGCUAGUUCGUGCGCGGCCAAAACAAAAUAGCGGCCACGACUUGGUAGAUUGCGAAAAAACCGGGGUAAACCUGGGUAAACAAAGCGCAAAAAAAAAAAAAAAAAGCGGUAAGGGACGCCUUGUGCUUGUUCUUUGCUCUUGACCCCUACCCCCUGGGGGUUAAUUUUCCCGCCUGGGGCGCAAAGCAGCAUGGGAUCUCCGCGGGAAUGUUUAUCACACAUCACCAGAUGCUACGGAGCUCAGAUCGUCUUCCCUCGUGGCCGGAGAAUCAUCUGUCAACUGCGCUCGGAAAAAAAACAUUACGUUUGCUGCAUUAACAGGUGAUUAAAGGUGGUAUGAUCUCAACAAUCCAAAUGAGGAGGCCGUCUGUUCCAUUACGCCGACCUCAUCAACGUCAACAGGUCAAGAAACUUCAGCUCAGCUAUGUACAUAUAAAUAAUCAACUCCUUGAGGAAUACAAAGACAGGUUACUUUUCUUACAUGAUCAUCCGGAAGAAGGCUGUCUCAUACGAGAUUCCCUCAUCUCCUCCCUCAAAUCUAAGAUGCUCACCCUUGAAGAAUGUUUCCAGGUUUUUCGUGAAGUUUCCUGGAAGGAUCGCUGCAGAAAUAUUUUGAUAGCAAAGCUGUUUCAUGAAUUAACACAGCUUGAUGAUGAAGAUGCCAUAGUUGAAGGUUUGACACUGCAGCUGGAAAAAGGAUGCAAUGACCUUUUAAAAAAUCUGACUCUUCUCAAGGCACCUACACCAUCCCAGCUUGGAAUUGUCACCCUUCUUGUAAGCCUAUACAACCUUGAAGAUCUUCCCGAGUCACAUAAAGAUGGUGUUGAAAGUUAUUUGGUUGACAUUGCCAGAGCAUUCUGGCCUUACUUCAUGCCAGGUGCUCCAGUGUGCCUUAAUGACAACUCCUUCAUUGAUGCUGUCUCUGAUAUCUUUGGCACAGUUGGAGAGAUUCUCGACAAGGAUGGGCCGAAGAAUAUGGAAAGGACUUUUAAUCAAAUUACUAGGUUGCUGUACUCUGUGGACCAGAUUUCAAACUAUGCCAGGAUGCGCUUGAUGCAACUGAAGGAGCUUAGAGCAGCCAAGUGGAAAUUGAGGCCAUCUGCUUGCUUGUAUUACAAGGAUGCAUAUUUUAAGCACAUGGAAGAGAGAAAGGAGAGCUUUGAUUCAGGUUUACCAGACACGCCAACCUCCCUUGGCUCUGCUGGAUCCUGUGAGGAUGUGUUCCAAAGCCAAGAAUCCCUUCAUGCAGACACUUCAAGCAGGCAAGAUGUCCCUCCUGAAACAGACUCCUCAAUGCUUCAGGAACGGCAACCUAGGUGCAAUGGUGCUGAUGAGAAACCAAACUUAAAAACGCAGCUAAAGCAUAUUGCUGUCAAGGAAACAGACUCACCAGUUGAGAUAAUAGGGCAGAAAACUACAGCUAGUACUGUUGGAGAAGAGCCUGCCAAUGAUUAUUACAAUAGUGACACCACAAAUGAUUUGGGUUAUGAUACCAUAGAUAUGAGCUUCUGCAGUGUUAAGGAGUCAGGUAGUGGAGAGAAACAGACCACUGGAAAUCACCAGAGGUCAUUAUCUUUGGAGUCUGUAAUGGGUAACUUUGCUGCACAGGGCGACCAAGCAAACAUUAGGCAAAGACAUCACAGUGACAUUAAUAAUAGUACAAAAGACUUAACAAAGGAUUAUCAACCUGGUAGGAACAGCUUUGUAACCUCAAAAAGGAAAGUCUAUAUUACAGCAGAUUCACUUCUUGAGGAUGUACAGAGCUCAAGGACGGUGCCAAGCCCAGCGAAAUCAGAUAAUAAUUACAGGCCACGUGGUGGAUUCGGCUCUCCUGGAAGUGUAACUCCUGAGACAACACUCAGGGAAAGAUUCCACCCGCAGGCUACAGGCUACCCCCAUGAUGGCAGGAGACUCUUUGCACACUCCCUCUCAGAUGACUCUGGGACCAGACAAGGGUGUCCUAUACAACGGCAUGGUCAACCUGGCAGACAAUUACAGACCAUUGCAGACCAUCACCAGAGGAGCCAGUCAGAGGCAAUGUGUCCUGGAUUAGGUGUUGAUGCCAGGUUUAGUUCCUGGUGCAACAGCUGGGGAGAUGCUCACCAGUGCAGUCUAGAAUUCCCAGUCAAGUCUGUUAGUCCCAAUGGGAACACGACAGACCCUGCUCAUUACUCCAGAGACUUCCUUCUCAGCUUAGCGCUCUCACCUGCAGCCAUGACCCGUCCAGAGAGCCUGUCCAACACUGAAGACUGGACAACACAUGUCAUCCUGACACAGACACGGACGGUUGUAGACCGAUUUAGGGCACCAAGGUGUGAUCUUCCAUUGUUGUCAACCAAGAUUGGUGCUCUAAAACACAGUCAACCCUCUCCAGAACACAGUCAACCCUCUCCAGAACACAGUCUACCCUCUCAAGAACACAGUCUACCCUCUCCAGAACACAGUCAACCCUCUCCAGAACACAGUCAACCCUCUCCAGAACACAGUCAACCCUCUCCAGAACACAGUCAACCCUCUCCAGAACACAGUCAACCCUCUCCAGAACACUGUCAACCCUCUCCAGAACACAGUCAACCCUCUCCAGAACACAGUCUACCCUCUCAAGAACACAGUCUACCCUCUCCAACAUCCAGUCUUGGUGAACAGGUGUGUGAUGUACAGUCAACGUCUGCCCAGUCUUAUACAUCAGAUCUAGUAUUGCAGACGCCUGGUGGUGCGGUGGAGCACAGUCUAGCAUCAGCAUCCAAACCUGUGGAGCAACAUCUAGUAUUGACAACACCCAAACUUGAUACCAAAGAGCACAAUCUACCGUCCCUGACAUUCAAGUUUGGCACUUCAGAGCAUAAUCAGCCCCAAACGUUAUUCAAGUUUCGUGCACCUGUGCACAAUUCUCCCUCAUCGAUUACAAAUCCUGGUACACAAAAGAACACUCUAACACCGACCAAUCUUCCUUCAGUCUUGUCAAGUUCACCAGAGAACCCACCGACAUUUAACUUUAGUGUCCCAAAGCCCAACCUUCCCUCAUACAAGUUUGGCUCACCAGCAAGGGAUCUACCUUCAACAGCAUACAAGUUUGGCACCCCAAAGCAGGAGCUUCACUCGCCGACGCCCACGCAUAGUACACCCAAACAAAAACCGAGCUCAAUGGAAUUCCAGUUUGGUACACAAGAGGACAAUCCACCGUCUUCAACGUUCAAGUUCCGUGCACCAGUAUGCGAGGUACCCUCAGCCAAAACCAAGCUGCAAGCGCCAAAGCUUGACACAUCAGAGCACACCAGCUUGCUAUCUUCACCCCCCAAGUGUUAGGUCCGGGUCUUAAAGGCCAUCCCCCCUUCGCGACGUAGGGUUGAUUACUGGGCCAAGCGGAUCUGCUACUUUGCGUGAGAGUGUCGGCCUAGCAGCCUGGAGCUAAUACCUGAGGAGACGAGUCGAGGUAGCUAUGAAGAAUGGUAAAAAGACCAGGCUUCUUACUGGCCUCUUCGGGAUAAAGUGUAAUGGGGAGCUUUCAUGUGAGCAAAUAGUUUCUGUUCAAAGCAAAGAAGUCGUGUUAAUUCAGAAAUAAUGUGGUCCUUGGACUGAUAGAACCCCCCAUUCACGUAAAGAUGUGGGUAGCCUUGGAUUGUCAGGUGAUUAUAGAUGAGAUAGAUAUAUUAUAAUGAGACGUUGAAGUUGUGAAAAUAGCUGUGGCCUGCAAUUGUCACGUGAUAUAAUUGAAUGCAUUUUGUGGCGGCAGCAGUCACGUGAUUUGGUACUUUAUACGUCGGCAGCCUUACUUCGGGCGCCAUGGACCCUCGAGGGAUGUUAUUGCAGAUUUUUAGAUUGUUGAUCUUACCAAUAUAAAUGCAUUUUAACCCAA